GCUUACCUCACGGUUCUGGGCCGUUUUCUGGUUUCAAAACCGCCGGCUUCGAUUCCGCUGCCGAUACCAAACCGAAAUCGUGUCCAACCCUACUAAAAACCAUACUCUCAUCAUCUCAUGUAGUCAUAUGUUUCUUAAAAAAAUAUUUUCAAAAUUUUAAAAGCAUGUCAUUUUAGAAUUCAUUAGACUUCGAUUUCAAAACUAUUGGAUUGCAUUGGGAUGUUUGCCUUGGAGACUGUCUUCCAAGUGAACCCAUUAUAAUCAAAGAGCUUAUCUUGGUCAAAUCAGACUUUCCACAACAACAAAUCGGAGAAUGAAGCUCAAAAUCCAUCAAACUUCUCACUGUAAUCUCUUCAAUUCCAGUCCCAUCUCACCUCCAGCAAGACCUAAUCCGGCACACAUAUCAUCCCCACUCCAAUUCCAACCCGAAGAAGCCGAGAAGAAGACGAAGAUCGAGCUGAGAGUCUGUACAAACAGGGCGUGCAGAAGGCAGGGCUCGCUCGAAUCCCUUCGAGUCCUGUCCGGAAUCGCUCCGCCUCACGUCGCCGUCGCCGCCGCCGGCUGCCUCGGGAAAUGCGGCGCCGGGCCGAACCUCGUCGUCUUGCCCGAUGCGGUGCUUGUCAAGCACUGCGGCACCCCCGCUCGCGCUGCCGAAACGAUGUCGUUCCUCUGCCUCGGCCCGGACUGUGGGGACACUGGGAAUGAGAGUAGGAAGUGUUUGGAUGCACUGGUUUUGAGGAAGGGAGCUGAGGACGAGAUGGGCAUGGGUAAAUUUUCCGAGGCAUGCCAUUUACUGUCUCAGGUGAAAAUAUUUUACCCUUUAAUAUUUUUAGAGUCAAUAUAGACAAUUUUUUUUAUUGGACAGGAAUUGGACCCCGACAUGUUUGGGCAUGAAUAUUUGGACAUACCCGCACGGGUAGCCCAAGUGGCAAGCACUUGUGGUGAAGUUUGGAGAAUGAAUAUUUGGACAUGGUUGAGACUGGGAUCUGAUCUAUUUCUUGCUGGCCAGGCGGAAAGUUCUGGCCGGGGGUUUAAAUGAUGAGAAAUUUAAGUAAAUAGCAUUAAAACAUAAUGACUUUUCUUAUAUAGCACUACAUUGUGUUUUUUUCCCAAUGUAGCACUUUGGUCAUUAUCUAUUAGUCAUUAUUCAAGUAAAUGUUCGCCAUCACUGAUCAUUAUGAACAUUAUUAAGUGCUAUUUAGGGAAUAAAAUAAUUUAAGUGCUAUUUAGAAAAAUGACUUAAGUUUAGUGUUAUUUGGUGCAAAUAUUUCUUAAUGAUUUCUUUUAUUUAUGAGAAUGAAAUGGGGGAGAAAGA